AUGAUACGAAUGAUUGAUGAAGCAAUGAAUGCCAAAAGUGAAAAGCGAAACUGUGAUGAUAUUGUCCGGAAUGCACAAUUGAAUGUCGCAGAAGAACUUCGUAAACAACAACUUGAAAUUGAACGAGUCGAUACAGCAUUAUCAUUUUUGAAAGAAAUAGAAUCGAAUAAUUCAAACGAGGAUCUGUUAUUGGAUGAACCAUACGAAUUUCGAGGUUUUAGAGCAGUUCGUGAAGAGUUAAAUCAAUAUACAGCUUUGGUACAGCAUGUUAUGAAUUUGACAAGCCGAUGUCUUUCGAAUUGUUCGAAAGACAAAUAUGUCACUGAUAAUUUGAUUGAAAAAGCUCGCGAUGAUUGCAAUAUUCGUGUUGGACUCGAUUAUCACAAUACAACUAUUUCUGUUGCACCAAGUCAAAAUUCAACUGAUUCGCGAACGAGUCGUCUAACUAUUACACCAACGACUACAGUGCAUAUUUUGCCAGAAUUAGCAGAUGCUUUACCAAAGUGCGGUAAUGAUAACUCUUUACAUAUUAGAUCGAAUGAAAUACUUGUUGAUGCUCGACAAAGUGUUCAGAAUCAACGAGUGCAUUCUGUUAGUGAACCUGGUUCAUUGUUGCAACUGGUUCAGCCGACAGUUACUGCGAAUCAGAAACCACAUCCAUUUUUAUCGCAGGCUGGAUCUCAUUCGCAUUCGUUGCAUGCAGCUAUGCAGAAUGUUCUUGGGUCAUUGAAGCGUACUCUUCCUGGAUUUCAUCCAAUAGCUUCAACAAUUUUAAACAGUGAUACGGUUGAUUUCAUCUCUGCAUUUUCUGGUGCACUUCGACUCUAUGAUGAUCGUGUGCGCUCACAAAUAAAACUGCUCCUUGAGAAGUACGAUUCGUCAGUUAGCAGCAUAAAACGUAGCGAACUUGUUUGUGAAAUCGAUCAUUUGCACAAAAUAAGCCGUUCUGCAAGUAUUAAACGAGAGAAGUUGUUGGACAUCAUCCGUGGCCCAUAUUACCAAGCAGUGAAUUGUCCACCAUUACGUCAAAUGAAAAUUCUGCAUUCAACGUUUUCAUCAAAUUUAUCGUAA